ACAAGUUCGCAGUUCAGUUCAGAUCGGGCAACCGGCUUAGCAAGAAGACAGCGCAGCGAGCGCUCUAAAAUAAGAAAAAGAAAAUAAACUCCGAGCUGAUUGAAUCGAUUGCGUAUUCUGUAUUCAUUAUGAAAAACGUACAAACGAGAUCAGAGAACGUUGAGGAUCAAGCAGCGCAUACAAAUGGCAAACAUAUGAGGGGUCUGAUAUGGUUAUGUGGUGUUCUCAUGAUUCUGGUCUCCACAGCCAUCGUUUACUUUGUCUGGAUGAUGACUAGAAAUGUCGACACGCUUAGCAGAGGUUUGCGCAUUCUCGAUCGCAGCGAAUGGCUGGGGGAACCCCCGAGUAGGGUUGAAACCCUCAUUGCGCCUAUUUCUCAUGUUAUUAUACAUCACACAGCGACGGAGGGAUGCGAGAGAGAGGAAGAAUGCAUUUAUAGAAUGCGCAUGAUACAAACGUUUCAUAUGAAAUCUAUGGGAUUUACAGACAUUGCUUACAACUUUCUGGUUGGUGGCGAUGGACAGGUGUAUGUGGGACGCGGCUGGCAGGCUCAGGGUCAACAUGUGAGGGGUUAUGGAGCGGUAUCCAUAAGCAUUGCCUUCAUAGGCACCUUUAUCAGUGUGCCACCAAAAAAGAAACAAUUGUGGGCAGCCAGAAGACUGAUGGAGGAGGGAGUUCGAUUGCAUAAAUUAGACACGGAUUAUCACAUCUAUGCCCAUAGGCAAUUGAGUGCCACGGAGAGUCCUGGCGAGAAGUUGUUCGAACUGAUGAAACUCUGGCCACGCUGGUCUGAGGACGUGAUUACGCUGCGUCGUCUCAACCAGGAACCAUUAAGACUUGUGGAUCGUCCCGUCUGGUUGGCUCAACCGUCGGUGGAAAUAUUGCUGCCCCUACAAUUACCUGUCAAAAAAGUGCGCUUUGAAUGCACAUCAUCGGAUUCCUGUGACUCACAAGCUAGUUGCACCUUUCGCAUUCGAUUCUUGCAAACCUUUCACAUCGAGAGUGAUCAUCACAAGGACAUCAACUACAAUUUUGUGGUGGGUGGCGAUGGCAACGUUUAUGUGGGUCGCGGUUGGAACCACAGCUGUGAUGUGCCGCAAUUCGAGGGAAUCGUUGUGGGAUUUGUCUGUCAAUCAAAGCCAACAACAAGUCAAAGAAAAAUAGCAAACGAGUUGCUCUCCAAGGGUAUCAAAUUGGGAAAUCUAUCUUCCGAUUAUCAGCUGAUAGAUGAUCUAGAUUAGUUAAUAGAAUAUAGCAAAUUAUUGUAAGUACACAUCGAAUUUGUAUAGAUUAAAUUGUUGCUUAUAGUUAAUUAUAUAAACAUGCCUUUAUUCAA